UUUGGCGCAGUUGCUUAUGCUAGGUUUCAUGCUGAAGACACAUCAUAUUGCUCUCUGUUAUACGCGAAGUCGAGAGUAGCCCCUCUGAAAUCAGUGUCGAUACCGCGACUGGAGCUAUCGGCAGCCAUGUUGGGGACAAGGUUAUAUGAAGAUUUAACUGAAGGAGCUCACAUGAGUUUCGAUAAAGUUGUGUUUUGGACUGACUCUACGACGGUUUUGUACUACAUAAAUGACUCAUCUAAAAGAUUCAGCACCUUUAUUGCCAACCGACUGUCGGUCAUACAGGAAUUAACUGAGCCCAGUCAGUGGAAGCAUAUCAAAUCAGAAUGCAAUCCGGCAGACCUGCUGUCUAGAGGCACUACAUCCGUAACAUCCUUGAAGCGCUGGUUUCUUGGCCCAGAAUUCCUACUGAGUGUCGAGGAUGAGUGGCCUGAGUUUUGUCCGAGUUCUGAGCCAGCCAACUUAGAAUUGAAACGUUCCACCGCACAGGUUUGUGCGACAUCAAGUGCAACACCAUUAUCGCUCCUUAUCAGCAGAUAUUCCGACUGGACUAAGUUGCUAAAAGCGGUGGUGUGGUUAUCACGAUUCAAGCAGCAGCUUUACGUCCGCAGACAGGGAGCUGCUGGGGCCGCGCAACCCAAUAGACUAAUUACCCUGUCUGAACUCAACCGAGCAGAGUGUGAUGUCAUCCGGCUUGCGCAACUCGAAGCUUAUGGAACAGAGUUGGAACGGCUUGAAAAGGCGAAUGCAGACCCAACAGCGUCUAAGAUGGAGAUACGGCGAGGUCCUUUGGCCCGUCUCAACCCCGUACUGCGCGGUGGCCUCCUUUGUGUUGGUGGCCGGCUGGCGUAUUCGGAGUACGACGCUGCAUUCAAGUUCCCGGUUAUCCUGCCACCUAAACACGCUGUUACUGAACUUUUGAUCCGAUUUUAUCAUUCGAUGGAAGGUCACUCGGGAGUUUCUCAGGUCCUGGCGAGCUUGCGCCGUAAAUAUUGGAUCGUUCGCGGGAUGUCGGCAGUGAAACGGUUGAUAGGGGCUUGUUGGGUAUGCAAGAAACGGCUUGCUACCACCGGUGAGCAGCUGAUGGCGCCAUUGCCGUUAGCUCGGGUGGAACGUGGGUGGCACCCAUUCAAAUCGGUCGGCGUGGAUUACUUUGGCCCAUUUCUUGUUAAACACGGGCGAAAGCAGGAAAAGCGGUACGGGUGUCUAUUUACCUGUCUACAAGCGAGAGCCGUACAUCUUGAGAUUUCCCAUACCUUAACUACCGACUCGUUCAUUAUGGCCUUGAUGCGAUUUGUCUCCCGUAGAGGGACUCCGGUCGAAAUAUUCAGCGACAACGGCAGCAACUUCGUAGGCGUCGUAUCAGAGUUGCGUACUGCUGUCAAGGGGUGGUCCCAAGCAAGAAUCAAUGAUAGACUCCUUAGCAUGGGAGUCCAAUGGCACUACAACCCUCCAAUGUCCAGCCAUAGGGGGGUAUAUGGGAGCGCAUGAUCAGGUCUGUUAGGAGGGUGCUGUUAUCGAUUGCGACACAACAGACGCUUAAUGAGGAAGCGCUCAGUACUCUGUUUGUUGAAGCGGAGCGCAUCAUCAACAGCAGGCCGUUAGUACCUUUGACAUCGGACCCAAACGACCGUAUGGCCCUUACCCCCAACGAUUUACUGAUACUGCGACCUAAUGCAUCGCAUUUCCUUGCGGCUUCUCUAACCGAAGAAUAUAGACGCUGUUGGCGGCAAUUCAAUUACCUGACAGCGUUGUUUUGGAAAAGAUGGGUCGCAGAGUACUUGCCCUUGUUACACUCCAGACAAAAGUGGCUGCGAAGGAUUCGAAACUUCAGACCUGGGGAUGUAGUUUUGGUCUCUUCCGAAACCGGUACACGUGGCACGUGGCCCAUGGGGAUUGUUGACCACUGUAUAGGUUCUGAAGACGGGCUUGUCAGGACUGCAGUUGUUAGGACCAAGAAUGGGCUGAUCACAAGGGAUAUACGAAAGUUGUGUUUGCUAGAAGGGAGCGACACGAGUGGGGAUGUAGUUCCGGCUAUUGGCUCUCCGCAGGCGGGAGACGGGUUUCGGCCUGUCGCACCAGGGAGGACCGCUGUGAGUCCAAUAGCCGAAGUGGGGGGCCUCUGGCGUACCGGUGUAAGUCCUUUGGCCCCCUAGCGUGGAUGGAGCCGGCGUAGGGCGUUCCAGAGCAGAAACAUCCGACAUCUUCAAUGGAAAAUCCGGAUCGGAUUUUGGUGGGCAGUGUAGAAAGAACUUUGACCACCCCAGUCUCUCCCAUGUUGAAUGCCCAGUUCUACAUUGCUCGGCCGUCUGGAUCGAUUAUGUUUGCUAACUCCCUUACUUUCCAUUCCUUUGUUCUCUGCCCCGAUGCUCUUAGCGAGUGACUCCGGUGACUCAUCUUAACUUCACCCCGCCCCCAUGGACCUGUCAUUGUUCUCUUGACAUAAGCGAUUUUGUGUUCCCACAACUCAUGUAUCCAGUGUGGCAGGUCUGUCUGUCCUCAGCCCGUUCCCGUUGGCGGACGCUUACGAUUGGCUCAAUUGCCUUAUCAUAACUUCGGUCUCACCUCUAUGUCCAUUUGUUUCGUGUGCACCUUGGCUUACGGACCUUUUGUGGAACUGAUUGAAAUCUGUUGGUAAACUUUUGUGUUUGGAAAACCGUUAAGGUAAUUUCUACUUUGGUACGAUGAAUUU